GUCCAGGCCCAGAGAGGGGCCACACUAUUUCUGGUGUGGAGUUGGACUCAGGAAGGAUGCGGGCUGGUUCCAACUAAAAGUGAAUGUGGGGACCGACCAGGCUGUGGGUGAAAGCCAGAGCAAACCUGCCCUUCUGAGUGUCUCGGAAUCAUGGCACUCUGGCGGGCAUACCAGCGAGCCCUGACCGUUCACCCGUGGAAGGUACAGGUCCUGACAGCUGGGUCCCUGAUGGGCCUGGGUGACACUAUCUCACAGCAGCUGGUGGAGAAGCGAGGUCUGCGGGGACACCAGGCUGGCCGGACCCUGAUCAUGGUCUCCGUGGGCUGUGGCUUUGUGGGCCCUGUAGUAGGAGGCUGGUACAGGGUUUUGGACCGCCUCUUCCCCGGCACCACCAAGGUAGAUGCACUAAAGAAGAUGCUGUUGGAUCAGGGGGGCUUUGCGCCAUGUUUUCUGGGCUGUUUCCUCCCACUGGUAGGAGCACUCAAUGGCCUCUCAGCCCAAGACAACUGGGCCAAGCUACGGCGGGACUAUCCUGACGCCCUUGUCACCAACUACUACCUCUGGCCUGCUGUGCAGUUAGCCAACUUCUACCUGGUCCCCCUUCAUUACAGGUUGGCUGUUGUCCAGUGUGUCGCGGUCAUCUGGAACUCCUACCUGUCGUGGAAGGCCCACUGGCUCUAGGCCGGCCUCACCCUGGUGUCUACGUGGGCGGCGCUGCAGCCUGACCCCAGCGCGGUCCCAUGGCCUCCCUGAAGUGGGCACGUCGCUUUUCCUGGGGUUCCGUGGCCACUCAGAACUUAAUGGGCUGAGCGCCUGACUCCUUUUGAAAUCAUUACAACCUUUAUAAUGGUCUCAUCCCACCACAUGGUAGGCGCUCCAUAAGUACGUACGGCCUCGUCCACUGCAGCUCACACCCGUAUCCCCCACUCUUCACAGCUACAUCUGCUCUCUAACCUUCCCAGCCCAGCUGGAGCUCCGGCUCUUUGGGGGCCCCAAAUCCUUAUAUGGGGCCUCCACAGAUCUGUUACGUAUGUAUGUAGUCUGAAACCUGCAGAGCUGAUGCGGAGGGCCCAGCAGAAACCUGUGGGGCAGUCAGAAUUUCUAGAGUCGGAAAGAAGUCUAGAAACAACCAGUCCUGAUCUUCUCCUGCAGAUGAGCACACUGAAGAAGUCCACACAAGUGAGGUGACCUGCCCACACCACCGACCAGUGGCAGAGUGGAAACUGGAACUCAUGUGCUAUCGAUGAAUGUUGGCGUCCCCACCAGAAUUCAUCUGUUGAAAACCUAAUGCCCACGGUGAUGGCAUUAGGCGGUGGGGGCCUUUGGAGAUGAUUAGGUCAUGAGGGAUUCGUGCCCUUUUAAAACAGCCCCAGACACGGGGCACCUGGGUGGCUCAGUCGUUAAGCGUCUGCCUUCGGCUCAGGUCAUGAUCCCAGGGUCCUGGGAUCG